CAUGGAAAAUCCGGGAUCGAGCUCGCGCUCGCAGGCAUUGAUGCGGAUCUCUCCCUACACAUUCUCUUCAAUCGGGAUCACCGUCUCCAUUGCUGUCUCUAUUCUCGGCGCUGCUUGGUAUAUUUAUGUAACCGGUAGUAGCUUGAUUGGAGCCUCAAUCAAAGCCCGUGGAAUCACCUCCAAGAAUUUCAUCAGUGUGAUAUUUUGUGAAACUGUUGCCAUUUAUGGAGUCAUUAUUGCUAUCAUUUUACAAACAAAGCUGGAAAGUGUGCCACCAUCUCAGAUAUAUGCAGCUGAGUCUCUCAGAGCUGGAUAUGCAAUAUUUGCUUCUGUGCUCUUGGGUUGUUUGGAGUAAUUGUCGGAUUAUCAUGUCAUCACAAGCGGACUUGGCCAGCAGAAAAAUUGAAGACACCAAUGUUGCAGUAAAUUUUACCAGGCGUCAUUCUCAAUCACCAACCACUGUGAAAGUGAUGCAGAACAAACUCAACAAAGC